CUAGCUUUUCCUAAUUGUGCUGUAGCUUGAAUAUUGAUCCUUUUGUAAGUCUUUGGAUAAAAGCCUAACAGCUAAAUGUAAAUGUAAUGUUAUCUCGAGACGUCGGUGUUUGCUUGAUUUGCCUUGCUAAUGUUAUGUGCUCCCCGCUAAUUAAAUGUUAUUCGUUCCUCUUUAGCAAUCCUAGCAACUGCUUAGCAUGCUAGCAACUCCUAAGCGCGGUGAAAUAUGUCGACUGGCGACACACCUCAGCAAUCAGGCCAUGGAACUAUAGAGUCAGCGGUCAGGAACCUGGUCGAUUUGCUGCUGCUCAACACCCAGAAUAGUUCAGUUCAGUCUGCCUCUUCCCCCACUUCACAUCCACCUGCCCCCUCUGCUCCACAUUCACCUGCCCCCUCGUCUUCUCGAAACUUUAGUGUUCAAGAAGAAAUGUCAAGAUCCUUUCCUGGCUUUUUCAAACUUGGUGGAAAACGUGGGAAAAAAAGAUUUUUUGCUGCCUCUACGCAAAAAUCAAAAACGGUAGCACUGAAUUUCUACCUGUUGCCAAAAAAUACCACCCUCACCCCAUUGCCUGCCGAGGAGCUAGAAUUGCUUCAGGCAGGCAUGGGGAGAAAGAGUGUUUCGAUGCCAGAGACUGGUGACCAUUCAGAGAUUACGCAAGUCUUGACUGACACGUUUCCAAAAAUGGAGAAUCUUGCCGGCGGAUGGCUCCUACACAAAGCCUCAGGUGGCAGUGGCCGACGCAAACUUACUGUUAUACCGCCAGAAGCGGAAGGAUACUCUGUAAAAGCUCUUCGAGCUGUCUCUACAGGUGGGAAAGCAAUACUUUUCAUAGUCCCAUUGCAGGAGAGAUUGGAUACUUCACCUUUGUUCCUGACAGACAUGAUUGUAGCCAUUAAAUCAAGGUUCUUUGAAGGCCCUGGGAGCCAGGGUAAAAACCCAAAGUACUCUGUGACAGACCUUGACAAUGAAAACUUCAGAACUGUUGGUGAGGUAAUAGCAGUGAGCCUAGCUCAAGGUGGCCCACCCCCUGCUUUUUUCAAAGAAUGGUGUUACAACUUCCUUUGCAAUGGUGAGGUGGAUUUGAGGACACUUUCUCAAGAGGAUGUUACGGAUCUAGAAUCCUGCCAGCUUAUCAACAAUGUUGAAAACUCAACAGAUCCUGAGUCUCUGAUGGUUUUGAUCGAUGACAUUGUAAACUGUGGUUACUCAAGCCAGAUCAAGCUGGACAACAAAAAAAGCAUAAUUCGAGCGGUAGUGCUGCAUUCCACCACGAGAUUAAUUCCAAUGCUGCAGCAGGUGCGAAAGGGGCUGGAGCUGUAUGGUCUGUUGGACCAGAUGGCUGCCCACCCAGAAGCUUGCUAUUCACUCUUUGUACCUGGGAAAAUUGAAAAGCCUGAUGCUGAUUUCAUAAUGAUGCACUGCAAGGCAGAAUACAGUGAGAAGGGAACUGCUGAAGAAAGGGCAGAGAGGAGGAUAAUGGCCUUUUUCCAAGACUUUUUGGAGGAAUUGGAGAUGUCAGAUGUGAAAGAAGAAGAGGUUCUAACAGUGGAGCAUGUGUUGAAGUCGAUAACUGGUCAAGCCCACAUCCCUAUCCUCCCAGAUGAGAAGAGACAUUUCAAGAUUACUGUGAAGUUCAACCAUGAAUGCAUUGAGCAACUAGGACCACACUCCGUGUGUUACCCAACUGUGAGCGCAUGUUCUCAAACAGUGACCUUCCCAAUACAGCAUCUGGACACUCUCAAUGAUUUUACAAGAAUCAUGAGUGAAGCUGUUCGCUAUGGUGGUGGAUUUCACAGAGUCUAACAACCAGUUGUUUUUCAUUUUCUUAAAAGGGCCACUUCACCAGUCAUGUUUUUGAAUGGGAGUGUGUGAGUGGAGUGAGUGGAGUGAGUGAGGUGAGUGGACUGAGUGGACUGAGUGGAGUGAGUGAGGUGAGUGGAGUGAGUGGACUGAGUGGAGUGAGUGAGGUGAGUGGAGUGAGGUGAGUGGACUGAGUGGACUGACUGAGUGAGGUGAGUGGA